AUGGUUCCCUCCAAGGCCAUGUGUGUCGAGCCUUUCGCCGACUUCCCUCCUCUUGGUCGAUUCGCUGUCCGUGACAUGAGACAGACAGUCGCUGUCGGUGUCAUCAAGAGCGUCGAGAAGACCGAUGGCCAAGCCGGAAAGGUCACCAAGGCUGCUGUUAAGGCCGGUGCCAAGAAGGCUUCUGGCGUCUUUACCACGCCCACUGUCGGAUACGAAGUUCAGCCCGGACUUACAGCACCCGAGCAGGCGUUUGAACGCGGUCUGAGCUCCUUCGGGGUGAUCGGGGGCCUCACGGUCUGUUUGUUUGAAUAUUUAUCUAUCUUUCUCCCACUUCACCACACCAUGCGCUCCAGGGAACAUUCUCAAGCCCGUCUACCCCGCUCCAGAGAACCGUCUCAAGGCCAUCCAUCCCAGCAAGCCCAGCGAAAUCGCGAAUCGAAUGGCUCGGAUAAUCAAUCUGUCAAUCAAACCGAAAACGUCUCGGUUUGUGUCAGAAUACGGCCAAUACCAUCAAGCCCUCUAUCUGAUAUCGAUCUCGAUACUCCUAUCCCUCAGCAUCGCCAGUCGUCCUCCAAGGAAAACCCAAAUCGAUUCGGUGCAUGGUCAAUCGACCGAACUCAAUCUUCAAUCGCACUCUCUCCCUCUCAUCCAAUUAUCGAUCGUAGGGGCACUGGCACGUCUGAAUCCAUCAAUGGAUCCGAAGGUUACGAAUUCAAGUUGGACCAAAUCUUCGAUCCUUACUCGAACACCGGCGAUCUCUAUCGAUCUAGCGUUCACUCUAUUGUCGAGAGCUGUAUCAAGGAUGGCUAUAACGCAACAGUCUUUGCAUACGGCCAAACCGGAAGCGGGAAAACGUUCACCAUGCUUGGUUCCAAGGACGAUGGCGAUGAUGAAACACUGGGCGUGAUCCCAAGGGCCAUUGCUGAAGUCUUUGCGUUCAUCGCUGCGGAUCAGGAACGUGAAUACUUGCUAAGGGUCUCCUAUCUCGAAAUCUAUAACGAGGCCCUCAAAGAUUUACUGGCUGCCGAUCAACACUCUGGUAUCACCAACCGACUAACGAUUCAUGAGAAUAACAAGGGUCGAGUACACGUCAAUGGUAUCAAGGAAGAAGUGGUCACUCAUCCGAUGCAAGUCCUCGAAGCACUUACCAGAGGCGAAAAGGCUAGACAUGUUGGUGCCACGGAUUGGAAUGAACGUAGCUCCAGAAGUCACACAGUUUUUACUAUGACUAUCGAAUCCCGUUCUAAAACCUCCUCCUCAGUGACCGAGACAACCCCUACGCAAAUUUCCCACCUGAAUCUGAUUGAUCUCGCUGGUUCUGAAUCUGCCGCCUCAUCAACCGAACGGAGAAAAGAAGGGGCUUUUAUCAACAAAUCUUUGCUUGCCCUAUCGAACGUGAUUUCCAAGCUCUCACGGCGCGAAGCGCAUGUACCUUAUCGGGAUAGCAAGUUAACUAGACUUCUUCAAACUAGUCUUAGCGGUAACGCCAAGGUGGUGGUCAUUUGUGCCAUUUCUGCCGACGCACGAAGUGUUGUGGAAACCUUGAGCACAUUACGUUUUGCUCGGCGUGCUAAGAUGGUUGUCACGAAGGCUGAGCGUGGAACUAUAAUCGAUGACAAGUCGGCACUUCUCCAAGCGUACCAGCGUGAAAUCAUGUCCCUCAAGACUCAACUUCAACAGAACUCUCAAGCACUGUCUAUUACCACAACCUCCGUGCCCGCCUUGGCCGAAUUGAAUGCCGAGAAGUCCAAAGCCGAGUCCGAGCUGAUGGGACUGAGAUUUGAACGGAUCCGACUUCAAGAACAAAUCGAACAUCUCAAUCGGCGUAUUUUAACUUCUCAUACAAUCGAAUCAAAUGUUCGCCGAGCCAACAGUCUACAAGGAUCUGUAUCACCUUCCAGAAGACGUAUAGUCAGUGGCCAACUCCUUCGACCCCCGAAGAAAAACAGGGGUCGCGUUACUGACGUUGGUGGGAUGCUGGGAAUGAUGGGCAUUGGUCUCAGUGCUUCUGCUACUGGGUACUUACCUAAUGGUUCCAAGCUGAACGAAGACAAUCGAGCUCAAUUUCAACGCGAGCUCCAGUUAGAAAAGGAGCUAGAAAGUCUUCGUCAUGAGCUCGAUGGGUUGAAGCAAGACAGAUCACGAUCCCCGGAACAACUUUCGCCAUCCGGACUUGAAUUGUUGAAAGAGCAAAUUCAAGCCUUCGAAGGCGACAAAGAAAACCUCCCGGUGGGAAUGACAGAAGAGAGCGAAAAGGAUAAGAAGAUCAAAACGUUGGAAGACGAAAUAGAGGCGAUGGAAUUGGAACACCGACAAGCUGUUGAUUUAAACAAGGCCGAAAUCGAAGAUCUAAAACAUACCAUGAGUGUGCUAGAACAAUCCAAGCAAGCUGAACUCGAGGAGUUGAAGACUCAGUUGGCCAGCAGUUUCCAGGAACAAGAGGACAGUCUGAAGAAAGCUCUGAGUGAACUAGGAGAGUCCAGUCGAUCGAAGCUAUCCGAAGCGGAAGGUGAAACGGCUACUCUUAAGACCCAGCUCGAGGCACAUGAAGAGCGGAUCAAGGAACUGACGGCUACUUUAGAAGAUGCUCAAUCGCAGAACCUUGAGGAACGACUUCUGAGCCUACAAACUGAGUAUGAACAACUGAAAUCGACUCUUGACGAUUCACUUCAAUCAAAAAUCUCGACUCUUGAGACUGAGUUGAGCACCAUCACCAAUGACAAAGAAGAAAUCGACUCGCAGUCACGCGCGAUGCAAGAUCUAGUUUCGAAACUUGAAUCAGAAGUAACCUCCCUACGCGCAGAGAAAGAGGUCUCAACUUCGACACAACAUGACCAAGUUGCACGGUUCGAAAACGAGAGAUCUGAUCUGCAAGCCAAACUCGAUCAACUACAAUCCCAGCUGGAGGAAAGUAAAGCAAGAACACAAGAAAAUGAUCAACUGAUUUCGACCUUGCGAGACCAAAUUUCAAAGUUAGAAGGCGACAAAGCUCAAUUUCAGCAACGAGCCGAUGAAACCCAUGCCCAACUUACAUCCGAAUUAUCAACUUUGCGAAAAGAGAAAGAGGAUUUCAGCGCUGCACAACAGCAGCAGCAGCAAGAAACUCAGGACCUGAUCUCGAAGUUAGAAAAUGAGAAAUCCGAGGCCCAGGUGCAAGUUAAGGAACUCCAAUCUCAAGAAGCCAAAUCAGCUCGUUUACGAAAGGAUAACGAGGAUACCAUCUCGAUUCAAAAAGAACGGAUUGUGCAAUUGGAAACCGAGAAAAAACUCCAAUCACAAGUGGGGACUGAGGCGAAUGGAGACCAUGAGUCAUCUCAGCAGCAGAUUGCCAAGCUGCAAGCUGCACGCACGGACGCGGAGACCAAAUGCGAAACCCUCAAGACUACGCUCCAGGCAGAAUUAGAAUCCUUGCGGAAAGAAAAAGAAGAUCAAUUCUUAGCCCAGCAGGAAGAAAUGGAAAAACUACGAGCUGCUCGCGCGGAAGCUGAUACCGGGUUCGGCGAACUUGAAUCUUCCUUGCGAGAGAAGUCUGAUCGCAUAUCGGCCCAGGAGAAAAAAAUCGAGGAACUGGAAUCGGAACGCUCUCAAGCUGAAGAACAGAUAGAGAAACUGAAGACGAUGUUCGAAAGUCAAAUCGAUUCUCUGCGUCAAGACAAAGAAGAUUGCAUUUUAUCGCAGAAACAGCAAAUCGAAAAGCUAGAUGCCGAGCGGUCUGAAGCGAAAGCCAAGGUUGAAGAAUUGACUGCGGAACAUACCUCAAAAGACGAACCCAUUCAAGAUCAGGUUGUCCGUAUUGCCCAACUAGAGACUGAGCUAUCUGAAGCUCAACAAAAGAUCGGUACUCUCACGGUUUUGAAGGACGAGAAGGAACGAUUGGUCGAAACUCUUCAAAGCCGCAUUUCUGCACUCGAAACGGAACUAUCGGAGGUUGGGUCGAAGGUUGAAGAUUUAAUGCUUACAAAAGCCACAGCCGAAGCAAAUGUCAAGCAGCUAGAAAGCGAUAGGACGGAGCAGGUAAAGACCCUUGAAGCCGAAAUGGUGGAAUUAAAAGCCUCCCUGGAGGACGAAAAAACGGCUAGAUUGGCAGACAGCGAAAAGGUCAGAACCUUGGAGGAGCAACUGACCUCUCUCUCUGCUUUGCAGAAAGAUACGUCUGGUUUCACCACGAAGCUGGAAAAAUUGGAACAACGGCUUUCUGUGGAACGAAACAAAUCUCACGAGAAAGAGCUUGAAGUGAUGCAAUUGAUUCAAGAGCGUGACCAAGCUCAGGGUCAUGCAGAAAGCCUGGAAUUGCUACUGAAUGAACAAAGCGCUCAGGCGGAAGAAAAUCUCAAGUCUCUCACAAAUGAAUGUGAGUCGAAAAUCGAACAAGCUGAACGUCGAUCAGACCUCGAAGAAUUAAGACAGGCCAAUGAGGCCCAGGAAAAAAAGUUGCAAGUUUUCCGGAGCGAGGCAGAAAAAUUGAAGGCCGAUCUAGAGAAGAUGAAAAUCGAGCGAACGAGUCAAGAAAUACAUCAGGAAAAGCUCGAAAGAAUGUCGUCGCGAUUCCAGGAAGAUUUAGGAAUGAUGAAAGAGAGGGAGAAAGACUUGAUGGAGAAGAUCGAUUCAAUUGUGAGGGAGAAAUGUGAAUCAAGUAGCGCUAAACUACAUGAAGAUUAUAACUCAAAGCUUAUGCACCUUGAAGCAAGUAAUUCAAAACUUGAAACGCACAUCAAAGGUCUAGAGUCACAUCUGACCAACGUCUCGAGCGGGCAAAGGCAACAAACUACCGCCGAAAGUAUGGAAACCAUAGUCGAUCUCCAAAGUACAAUCGAAGACCAGAACCGAGAAAUUAGCGACUUGAGAGCGCAGCUCGAGCACCUCAAGAACUCUGUCGCUGCCCAUCCUCUUCAGUCUAUUUCGAACAAACGAUCCGAUCAUGAUCAUUAUCAUCAGUCGACGGAGGAUGAGCUCAAUCGGUUAUAUCACAUCAUUGAUCAACAAGAAAAGCGGUUAAGUGAUGCGAAAACAGACUUAUCCAAGUGGCAAGCUCGGGUCAGGAGCCAGACCGAAAUAAUUGCGCAAUUGAAGAUCGCCCCAGAAUCUGAUUCAGAGCCACUCCACAAUACCCGAAUGGCCCCUAGUCGCAGAUCCACCGAUGCUACUGAUCAUUUCUCGAGUUCCUUGAACCGUCCCGCGAGCAUCACUUUCAACAAUCUAAGCCUUCGUUCUCAAGUCAAACCGGCCGGUCUAUCACCCUUACUAGGAGGUGCUUCUCACUCACCUGCUACGUGGCAAAGUAACCAUCGCCACAUGCUCUCAUCGUCCUCAUCGUCUUCUAGCAUUGCAGCAGAUGGCAGAAGUCCCAGACCUCUCCCGGUACCUCAAAGCUUCAUCGCGUCUAUCGACGAUGAUGAUGCUAAGCGACGAAAAGAGAGACGCAGGACGAUUGAGAAGGAUAUGGCUAAGCUGAAAGAUGAAAACGUGGUUGAAAGAAAAUUGAAUUCAUUACUUUCGUCUUCAAAAUUUACCAAUUCGCCUAAUUCAAACUAUGCUCAAGAAAGUAAAUUCAAACGACCAGCAUCGCCUUUAGCUUUGAGUAGCGGCAGUCAAUUCAAAGUCUCUUCCUCCCCCUUAUUAUCAGCCAAUCCAACUUUCUCGACAAACAUGUCGAAGAAUCUUUCUCGUCAAUCCGGCCAACCUUCUCCUACUGCCUCCAGUUUCUCCUCAUCUCAAAGAGGUUAUUAUGAAUAA